AUGGCCAACGCCCCAGUCCUCGAUCUGGGGAAAUACCCGACCGCGCAGGCCUUCGUGGCAAAAUGUCACGAAUUCUUCAACGAGGUCAAGAACCUAACGCCCGGCCACGAGCUCGAAGCCCGCCUCAACGCCACCCACGGUCCCGGCACGCCCUACUACGACGCCUUCCGCGCGUACAUCCUCGCCGGCCUGAAAGAAGGCUGGGUGGCCCAAACGGAACUCGACGGUCCGCGGUACCGGCGCGGUCGCAUCGCGCCACCCACGCCCGAGAGCAACUUCAUUUCCAUCACCACCGUGUACAUGUCGUCCGAGGACGAAUACCGCGGCCAGUACCACGCCCACCCGUACGGCGAGAUCAAUUGCGUGAUCUUGCUCGACGAGGGCAGCAAGGCCCAGUUGAAGGGGAUGCAAGGGUGGCAGGGCGCCGGGUGGACGAGCCCCGGGCCUGGGACGCACCAUUAUCCAGAGGUAAGGGGUGGCGAGCUCGUGGCUUUGUUCUUCCUCCCGGCUGGGCGGAUCAGUUAUGAGGCAACGCCCGGGAUGGCGCAACCGCCGUCACUGUAG